AUGACUGUGCUCAACUUCACCCUAUGGGAUGUGGUUCGUCUGACCAAUGCUCUGUUACUAACUCGUGCCGCCCGUAUUGUUCAACUGUUCACCUGGACUCGACUUGUUGCCGGUGUGCUACGAGAUUUGCCGCGCAAUUUGGCUCCCGUAUUAGGGAUCAUGGCCACCGCGUAUUAUGUGUACGCUUUGUUGGGGAUGAAUUUGUUUCACGGGGUGAUUCGAUUCAAUCCAAACACGACGACUCAGUAUGAAUGCGGAACCUAUCAACAAUUGGAAUAUUGGGCGGUGAAUUUUGACGACUUUGCGGCCAGUCUCGUUCUCUUGUGGGAUCUAAUGGUUGUGAAUAAUUGGUUCGUGAUUGUGAACGCCUAUCAGCAAGCAUUGAAUCUAUGGGUUCAUGUGUAUAUGAUCAGCUGGUGGAUUCUGGCCCCAGUCGGUUUAUUGAGCCUGGUCACGGCUUUCGUUAUUGAGGUGAGUCACUGCUCCAUCUUGCUUCCGGUUUCUAUUCUGUUAUUCAUGUAUUCACAAACCGUAUGGGUGAUUAUGUGUCAUGUGAGACCAAAUCGUCCGGUUCUUGAGAGAUGUUGGCAACUAAACAUGCUCUUUUUGAGAAAGAAAAAAAACCACGGACGCCACGUGAUACAUUUGAAUAGACAUAUCGCGAGGGGAAAUCCUUUGUUUUAUCCACCCAUCGGUCUCUAA